AUGUCCAAUUGUCAAGAUCAGCCAAGAAGAACAAGCAGCAGAAGCACAAAAGGAACCCCGCCAGCCCGAUAUCAGCAAUACGUCAGCGAAAUGUCUGUCAACCACUCACCGAAGUCAGAUACGCCAGCAAAAAGCCAACAAAGACAGCCACAGCUACAGCCAAUGGACGGUACUACUCAUGUCAAUACGAUUAAUCCGCCUUCUCAAUUACAGCACCAGAAAACUGCAGCCAAUUCACCAGCCGGGACAUCAAAACCUGUAAAUGAAGUCGGUGAGUUCAUGAAGCAAAUGAGAGUGCAAAUGGAGCAGAUGCAGCGUCAAAUGCAGGUAAUGCAAAGUGAGUACAUUGCAUCAACGAAGAAGAUGCAAGCACAACUUGUUAAUACUGCCAAACAAGUGGAAACGCAGUUAGCCAAUCAAAUGACGUCGACGUCCGCAUUACCUACAUCGACGCUGCCACAGCCGCCAUCAAAUAUGCCAGAACCAAUACUGCCAACAUCUCAGCCAUCACUGCCACCACCAAAUCAGUCACAAUAUCAGCCGCCACAGAAUCUUCUACAACAGCCGCCACAACUGUCGCCUCUACAACAGCAAGUUUAUCAGCCAACGCCACAAUAUCCGCCGCCAUCACGGUCUAUAAAUUCGGAUAUGUCUGUCCACAAUUCGUAUCCACAAAGUUUUAUAUCUGUUCCACACAAGAAAAUUUAUCCUCUCCCCACAUUUUCAGGUCUUCCAGAAGAAUGGCAAACCUUUUAUGAAGCGUACGAAAGCACCACAGCCGAAUUUGGAUAUAACAGCCUCCACAACAUUAUGCGCCUCAGAGAUGCUAUCAAGGGUCGAGCCAGAGAAACCGUCGAAUCGCUGCUAGGUAAUUCUGCCAACGUCGACACCAUUAUACGAACGCUGCUUGAAACCUUUGGUCGUCCGGAACAGCUGAUUAGAAGCCAAAUUGAAAAGGUUCGUGCCAUUCCACCUUUAGCCAAUGACAACCUGGAAGCCCUGGUAAACUUCGCCAACAAAAUCUCGAACAUGGCCACAUUUGUCAAGAACGUGAAGGGAGAUCACCAUCUUUCCAACCCUUCAUUGUUGAGCGAACUGGUCGCUAAACUUUCCACAAGCCGCCAAAUGCAGUGGGCCGAAAAAUGCCUCCAAUUACAACAACCAGCCACCAUAGUUGACUUUGCAGAAUGGCUAUCAGUACUGCGUCGCCUGGCCAAUAUCGUCCAUGACACCUUGCCGUCAACUUCGACCAAUGCCGCAUCAAACCGCCGCCAUUUUGCUGCUACUGCACCGCCACCAAACCGAAAAUACGUCAACGUCACUGUCAGCCAAUGUCCAGUAUGUAAGGGUGAGUGCACUAACAUAAAACACUGUACAGAAUUUUUAAACAUGUCCAUCGACAAAAGAUGGAACACUAUAAAAGGGCUCAAGAUUUGUUUUUGUUGUUUAAAACGUGGACAUCAAGUUAAAUUUUGCCACACAAAACGCCGUUGUGGCGUUAAUGAUUGCCCAAAGCCACACAACAAUUUAUUGCACAGUACACUUUCACAAUCACAACCGGAGCCAGCGACCGAGCCAACUCAUUUGUCCACGACGGGUGGGACACAAAAUAACCGCACGGUCACGUCCGAAGCACAACGACCACAAACCGAAAGACGAAAUUGCCAUGCAGCUCAUUCUCCCGAUAAUGUGCUUUUCCAGAUUUUACCCAUAACUUUGUAUGGGCAGCACAAAACAAUAAGCACUUACGCCUUUAUUGACGACGGAGCCAACGUUUCUAUGCUGGAUCUGGAAAUAGCACGAGAACUUGAACUCCAUGGAGAACCUGAGCACUUGGAGCUGCAAUGGCUUAAUACUCACCGCGUAACACAGAAAACGGAAAAAAUUCGCGUGACCAUCAGUGGAGUUGGCCAAUUUAACAGAAAAUACUUACUUUCCAAUGUUUACGUUUCAUCGGAUAUGUCAUUGCCAGUACAGAGUUGCCACAUAGCUCAUUUUAUGAAAUCCCAAAAAAGUGACAAAAUCGCCAAUUUAAAUAUGCGGGAUUAUUCUAAUGUUCAACCAAAAAUGAUUUUAAGCUUAACCCAUUCCUUCCUAACAGUUCCCAUUGAGACGCCUACACUUUUAUCCGAAUUUGGACCCAUUGUGUCAACCACCAGAUUAGGCGCUGUUAUAUAUGGACCAAUUCCUGGUGAAGAACCAACAAACAUAAAGAGGGCUUUACACGUAAGGAAGUGUGUGUACCAAAAUGAUGUUUUGAAGGAGUUGAGCGAUAUGAUGCGUGGUUAUUUUGAUGUGGAGACCCUUGGAACCAAAAUACCCGUGAAACCUAUAAAAUCCAAAGAAGACGAGAGAGCAAUGGGCAUAUUGGAAACAAACACAAAGCAAGUAAAUGGCCGAUAUGAAUGUUCGUUGUUGUGGAGAGAAGAUGUGAGACCGAUCCCUGACUCAUACAACAUGGCUUUGAAUCGUUUGUACUCUGUGGAACGUAAGAUGGCAAAAGACAAGAAUCCCCCAUUGCUGUAUGUGGUGACAUACAAGAGAUGUUUCACCAGAUCGCCAUUGCCAGGAAAGACCAAGAUAGCCAAAGAUUUCUGUGGAGAGAUGGCAAUCCUGAUCAGCCUGUGGACACUUAUGUUAUGGAAAGGCUUAUUUUUGGAGCCACCUGUUCACCAACCAUUGCCCAAUAUGUCAAGAAUAAAAAUGCGACAAAAUACAUCGAAAAGUCACCAAGAGCCGUCCAUGGUAUCAUCGAACGUCAUUAUGUGGAUGAUUAUGUCGAUUGUUUCGAAACUGAAGAUGAAGCCCUUAAUGUUGUUCGCGAAGUGGUAAGGAUCCAUAAAUCCGGUGGUUUCCAUCUUCGCAACAUAAUAUCCAACAGUGAACGAGUGGCAAUACUAUGUGGUAAUAAUCCUGGCAAUGGCGAGA